AUAGAUAGAGAUCCAGGCCGAAGGGAUUACUGUUACUAGGGUUUUAGGAUCGUUGUUGUCUCCAUCCUUCCAGUCUUCAUCUGCGCUCUUGCCCACUCUAUCUUGUAACCAUGACUGCUCAAUCCCAAGAAGAGCUUCUUGCCGCGCAUCUCGAACAGCAGAAGAUCGAGACUGAGGUGCCAGUUGUGGAGGAUGACGAUGAUGAAGAUGAUGAUGACGACGAUGAUGAUGACAAAGAUGAAGAUGAAGAACACGGAGAUGGUACUGGUAGGUCAAAGCAGAGCAGGAGUGAGAAGAAGAGUCGUAAGGCUAUGAUAAAGCUAGGAAUGAAGCCCAUUGCUGGCGUGAGCCGUGUCACGGUCAAGAAGAGCAAGAAUAUUCUAUUUGUCAUCUCAAAACCAGAUGUUUUCAAGAGCCCCACAUCAGACACAUAUGUUAUAUUUGGUGAGGCGAAGAUUGAGGAUUUGAGCUCACAAUUGCAGACUCAAGCUGCUGAGCAAUUCAAGGCUCCUAAUCUCAGCAAUGUGGUGUCAAAGCCUGAGCCAUCCACCGCAGUUCAAGAUGAUGAGGAUGUAGAUGAGACCGGUGUAGAGCCCAAGGACAUUGAGUUGGUUAUGACCCAAGCAGGUGUUUCAAGGGCAAAGGCUGUCAAAGCUCUCAAGGCUGCUGAUGGGGAUAUUGUUUCUGCUAUUAUGGAGCUUACAAAUUAGAAAAUCCUCUUUUAGUUCUUUUUAUAACAUUCUGAGUGAUAUUUUCUUUUUAUUAUAUAAUGUGUUUGGAUCCUUGAAUUUUGAACUCAUGUAUUUCUGCCCUUGUGUUUGAUAUCUAUUAUGGUUCUUGUCUGUUGGUAGAGAU